AGAGAAGCGCGCGCAUGCAUAAGGACAAGGCACCAUAACCAAAAUCACGCACAGUCAUUGCGUUUGGUCUUCAUCCGAAGCCUUAAACGGACUGUCUUAAAACGAAGCGAGGAUGAGGGAACAGUCGCGCGGGAUCCGUUUUCUUAAUUGUUUUUUAUUCAUCAUCACCGCUCGGCAAUGGGUGUCGGCGAGCAGUGACCUGCGCUCGUGCAAUGAGGUAAGUGCGCGCAGCUCGACACAAGCGGCAGUGGCUGUCGCACUGUUAUUUAUAACACUGUUAUUUCAUUACAAUAAAUAAGCAAGCCAUGACAUUGCCACCAAGUGCCCUGAACGCACUAUGUGUAAUCAUCUUAUACUAGGCUAUGUCCCAACCAUAUUAAUCAUGUUUAUGUUACGAACGUUAUCAUAUGGGUCAAGAAUAAACAUUAACCAGAGGAUUAUAGGCUACAACCUUCUGCCAAUCAUUGUUAUAAAAUGCCAAUUGGCGUGGAAUGGCGUGGAGAUAGACAAUGUUAUGGAGGCCUUCUUUGUUAGUGGUGGGAUUUAAAAUGUGUUGGUCGCCUAUUAUUCUUAUCGGCUUAAGUCCUAAGCAUGUUGACAAAAUAUAAGGCUCCAUAAUAUGAUGACGACGCACUGAGCGGAUCACUUGGCAUCCAUCCUCAUCCAUGCUGCCUCCCGUCGAUGUGCGGGAGUAAUAUUACCGCUGAGUAAGAGGAAAACAGAGGAGGGACUGACAGUUGAACAGCAAGGGCCCUGGCACUACAUUAUCCGGUUACAUUAAUCUAUUAUGGCUAUCAUAUCAGCUCUCUAAGGAAAACAGCUGCCUGGAAGCCCUCCAUAUCCCAGCCUUCUCCAUAUUAUUUGAUCUGAAAAUGAUUGAGUGCUGUCAGAUUUGUGUCCCAGAGUGUGUCCCCUUACACUGCCAGAUCUACACACACACUGAUGGAUUCAUGGAUGAUGGAUAUGUCACACUGGCACUAAAUAUCUCUUCUUGUGGCACAUAGUCAACUCUGUAUCCAUGGUGACCAUGAUGAGUCACCAGGAGACAAAGGAUGCACAUUAACCUCAACAGCCUUUUAUCUACCUCCAAUUCCACUGCACAAGCCCCAUAUUCACCACAGUACCAAUAUUUACUCAUCAGCCCCUCCCCAGACUCCAGUUGCCUCAGGGGAAACAGGUGCAGGUGCACUCCACUUGAAAGGGGUUGCCAUGGUGCAUGGGAACUAAGGGGUUUCUAUAGCUAACUUUCAUCUAGCUGAUAUAUGGCCUCACCUGUUGAGAGUUUGUUAUGCAUGUGUUUGCGUGCAUGUGUGUGCCCAUGUCCCCAAAAUUUGUGUGGAAAUGGCAGGAACAAUACUUGUUAGAGCUUGAGAGCGAUAAUGAUCUGUACAAAAGAGCUCAGGCUUAUCUAUACUCCACACACAGCCUUAAACUCUCUCUCUCUCUCUCGUUCUCUCGCUUUCUUGCUGUCUCUUUCUCUCAAACACACACACAUUUGGCAUUAACAGAACCACAUACAGUCAGUAUAUACAAACACACACACACACUCACCCACUUUGGCUGCAAUAAUUAUUUGGGUGGCAGUGAGCUGUUUGUCGGUGGUCCUGAUUGAUUGCCAUGGCAAUGCUGGGUGAACAGUAGGUUUGGGAGGAUGGGGAUGGAGAGCAACAUGGUGGUGGAAGUGAAGUGUUGCAUGACUGGCUGCAUAUAGAUUGCUUAGAGACAAACCAACAUGGCCUCCAAAACAAGAUGACCAUCCAGUCUCCUUAUGCCUUUUCUCUGUGGGGAUCCUCCCUCUCUCCCUUUCUCUCUCUUGCUCUCUCUCCCUUUCUCUCACGUUCUCUCUCUCUCUCACACACACACGUUUGGUUGUGUGGAAGAACUGGUUUUUCAGGUAGAAGUUGUAAUGUCAUUGACCUGACGUGACCUGUUCACAACUGGCUUACUACUUAGUAGUAAACAAACAGAAGAACAAACGCACAUGGCUGAGACAAAAGAUUAGCGGUAAUAACACAGAGUAUUAACUUAACAUACAGCAGAGCAGACACCAGUCUCUGACUCUGUCAUCAGAGCUGCUCAGAGACCAUGAUGGUGACUCUGUCAUCAGAGCUGCUCAGAGACCAUGAUGGUGACUCUGUCAUCAGAGCUGCUCAGAGACCAUGAUGGUGCCUCUGUCAUCAGAGCUGCUCAGAGACCAUGAUGGUGACUCUGUCAUCAGAGCUGCUCAGAGACCAUGACGGUGACUCUGUCAUCAGAGCUGCUCAGAGACCAUGAUGGUGACUCUGUCAUCAGAGCUGCUCAGAGACCAUGAUGGUGACUCUGUCAUCAGAGCUGCUCAGAGACCAUGAUGGUGCCUCUGUCAUCAGAGCUGCUCAGAGACCAUGAUGGUGCCUCUGUCAUCAGAGCUGCUCAGAGACCAUGAUGGUGCCUCUGUCAUCAGAGCUGCUCAGAGACCAUGAUGGUGCCUUUCUGUCAGUUAUAAAUGGUGCUUUCUUUUCUUUCCGUCUGAUUUGUUUUGCUUAUCUGCCAAGCCUCACUGAUGACAACCUGCGCUACCACUGGCUUUCCAUAAUACUUGAUGUUGGCUGUUUAUUAUGCCUAUGCAGCUUAUUAGAUUAAUUUGGUGCAUUCUGUCUUGAAAAACAACUGCAUAUGAUGAGUGAAUUGGUGUUCUGGCACAUUGACAAAAAAGUGACAAGGAGAUGUCACUAAAAAUGAUAUCCUUGCAACCUGUUCUGUCACUGCAGAUUUAGGAGUGUCUUAGAUUAUGUUUUAUCAAGUGGGACAUGUGUGUGUGACUGUGAAUGUGUAUCUAAGUGAAUGUGUGUAUCAUGCUCUAAUAUGACUACUGGAUGUUUGUGUAUGUUCCAGACAGACUACUACUAUGAGUAUACAGAGUGUGACAGUACAGGGUCUCGAUGGAGGGUGGCCAUCCCCCACAAUCUGGGCACCUGCUCAGGCCUGCCUACUCCCACCAGAGGAACAGACUGCUGUGAGUAGUGUGUGUGUGCGUGCUUUCAUUCACAUUUUAUUUCACCUUUAUUUAUUCAGGUUUGCCUCAUUUAGAUCCUCUGUAGCUCAGCUGGUAGAGCACGGCGCUUGUAACGCCAAGGUAGUGGGUUCGAUCCCCGGGACCACCCAUACACAAAAAAUGUAUGCACGCAUGACUGUAAGUCGCUUUGGAUAAAAGCGUCUGCUAAAUGGCAUAUUAUUAUAUUAGAUAAAAAUCUAUUUUUCUAGAAACCUGUUCAAGAUAGCAGCAUACGUACAUGAGACAGAGAGAGACAGUAUGUAUACUGUCUAGGUGUGAAUGUGUCUGUGACGUGUGUGUGUGACCCUCCUCUCUCCCUCUCUGUCUGUCAGUGUUCUCGUGCGCAGCGGGAGAGUUCCUAGAGAUGUCUGCUCAGCAAUGUACGCCAUGUGCGGCCGGCUCCUAUUCGCUGGGCAGUGGGGUGCGUUUCGACCAAUGGGACACUAUCCCUGCCGGCUUCACCAGCCUGGCCACCUACAUGGACCCAGGACCCAGUGGAGAGGAGAGUCAGGCCUGUAAUAGGUAAAACACACAUCUGUUUUACUAUCCUUUUGGGGACCAAACCGUUUAUUCCCAUUCAAAACCCUAUUUUCCAUAACCCUAACCUUAACCUCUAACCCUAACUCUAACUCCUAACCCUUAACCUAAACCAUAACCCUAAUUCUAACCCUAACCCUAAUUGUAACCCUAAGCCUAAAAUAGCCUUUUUCCCCUGUGGUGAAAAUGUUUCUGGUCCCCACAAGGAUAGUAAAACCCAAAACACACACACAUAUACUACACACACCUGUCCUACACAUACAGUCACACACACAAACUCACAAUAGUGCUGUAUUCUCUUUCUCUCUGUGUACUGUAGCUCAUUGUGGACGCCGCAGGGUGUGUAUCUGGAGUCUAGUCGUGAUGAGUGCACAGUGUCUCUGGUGUACGCUGUGCAUCUGGAGAAGCAGGGCUCCGUCUCCUUCAGCUACCAGUACCCUGACAACAAUAUCUUCUUUGAGUUCUACGUGAGUCUGACUUUCUCCUCCUUGCUGAAGUUUAUAUCAGUUCAUUUAUUACCCAUUUUUUUAGCUGGUUGACGUAGAGAUGAAAAGUGGGCUGUUUUGCCGUAGCAGGGAAGACUUUAAUUGUACAUUAAUAUAUUUUUGUACAUCAAUGGGUUUUACGUCAAUAGAUGUGGGCAAGUGAGGGCUUUUCUGUGGUGAGGAGAAUCAGCUGCUGAUUGGAAGCGAGAGAAUCAUGUGAUGCAAUAUUCUGAGUGGUUACCAUGGUGACAUGUUCAGGUCCAGAAUGAGCAGUGUCAGGAGAUGGCCCAGACAGACGAUCAGAAGUGGAUCAAACUCACCACCAACGGAGAGUGGGACACACACACGGUGAGUAGGAAGGCAGUGUGUGUGAUACGUGUGUGUUAUAUGAUUGGUGUGUGUGAUGUGUGUAACAUAAUCUGUGUGGAACAUAUUGUGUGACAUGUGACUCAGGUGAAUCUGAAGUCUGGCACUAACAUACUGUACUGGAGAACGACAGGGAUCCUGGUCGGAGGGAAGAUGGUUAAACCAGUGCUGCUCAGGAACAUCCACAUUGAGGGUAAAGACCACCCGUACUGCUACUCCCUACCUUCACACUCACCUAUAUUCUCGCUCACAUUCUGCAUGCAUCUGUAAUGUGGUUGGUCAAGGCAGUGUAAUAUCGCAGUUUCUUACCCACUCCAGAACUCACCAUUCUUAGCUCUAGGAAGCUCAAAUGAGACCACAGUGUGAGACGACAGGCGAAACGACAUCCUCAUGAAUUCAUGUGUCUAGGUGUUGCCUACACCUCUGAGUGUUUCCCAUGCCGACCAGGCUGGUUUAGCUCCGCCCCUGGCUCCUCCUCCUGCCAGCCCUGCCCCAGAAACACAUCGUCUAACAAGGGAGCCACCUCCUGUACGCCCUGCCCCGACACACAGUACUCACGUAUGUACUAGACACAGACACAUUGAAAUGUAUCAGUAGAGGCCAGGUAAAAUAUCCACUCUCUCUUUCUCUCUUUCCCUCAGAUGAGGGAUGGUCGCAGUGUAAGGAGAGGCCUCCAUGUUCAGAGAAGGAUUACUUUCAGAUCCACACAGCCUGCGACAGCGAGGGAAAGGUAAGUCAGACACAUAUAUACUGUACAUUUAGAGAGAGAAGGCUGUGGUCAUAUACAUUAGAUUAUAAUACAUAUUCUGUGUGUAGUAUCUCUAUGGUUGUCAUGUAACUGCUGUGGUUGCCGUGGUGACAGACGCAGGUGAUGUACCGGUGGGUGGAGCCGAGAAUCUGUGAGGAGAAUGUGACGGGCGCUGUGGCACUGCCCCCUACAGGGGAGAGAGAGGCCUGCCCGCCCUGUAACCCUGGUUUCUACAACACCAACGACUCCACCUGCUUCCCCUGCCCUCCUGGAACACACUCUGACGGCACCUCAGGUACACACACACACACACACACACACACUAUAUAUAUAUUCACAUGUGUAUAUACAUAAACAGCACUCACGUGUGUAUUGCUGUAUAUUGAAAUGAAAUGUGUUGUUGACGGUUGUGUGUAUCUGUCCCAGUGUGUGAGGAGUGUCCUGCGGGGACAGAGCCAGUACUAGGGUAUGAGUAUAAAUGGUGGAACGUCCUCCCUUCCAACAUGAAGACUUCCUGCUUCAACGUGGGCAACUCCAAAUGUGACGACAUGAACGGUGAGACAGAAACAUGGCUAGGGUGAUUAGGGUCAAGAGAUGUGUAAUAUGUGUUGUAAUACACAUGUCCAUGGGUGAAUAGUAAAAAUGUCUAAUACAGACAUCCUGCUAGAUAUGUAAUAACUCUGUGUCUCUCUGACCAAUGGGAGCGUAGAUGUCUGUGUAAUAGAUAUGUGGUGUCCCUCAGUUUGUAGGGAGUAAGUCGGAAGUUUACAUACACUUAGGUUGGAGUCAUUAAAACUCUUUUUUCAACCACUCCACAAAUUUCUUGUUAACAAACUAUAGUUUUGGCAAGUCAGUUAGGACAUCUACUUUGUGCGUGACACAAGUAAUUUUUCCAACAAUUGUUUACAGACAACGUGAAUUAUAAUUUCACUUAUAAUUCACUGUAUCACAAUUCCAGUGGGUCAGAAGUUUACAUACACUAACUUGACUGUGCCUUUAAACAGCUUGGAAAAUUCCAGAAAAAUAUGUCAUGGCUUUAGAAGCUUCUGAUAGGCUAAUUGACAUCAUUUUAGUCAAUUGGAGGUGUACCUGUGGAUGUAUUUCAAGGCCUACCUUCAAACUCAGUGCCUCUUUGCUUGACAUCAUGGGAAAAUCAAAAGAAAUCAGCCAAGACCUCAGAAAAAAAAUGGUAGACCUCCACAAGUCUGGUUCAUCCUUGGGAGCAAUUUCCAAACGCCUGAAGGUACCACGUUAAUCUAUACAAACAUUAGUACGCAAGUAUAAACACCAUGGGACCACGCAGCCGUCAUACCGCUCAGGAAGGAGACGCGUUCUGUCUCCUAGAGAUGAACGUACUUUGGUGCGAAAAGUGCAAAUCAAUCCCAGAACAACAGCAAAGGACCCUGUGAAGAUGCUGGAGGAAACAGGUACAAAAGUAUCUAUAUUCACAGUAAAACGAGUCCUAUAUCGACAUAACCUGAAUGGCCGCUCAGCAAGGAAGAAGCCACUGCUCCAAAACCGCCAUAAAAAAGCCAGACUACGGUUUGCAACUGCACAUGGGGACAAAGAUCAUACUUUUUGGAGAAAUGUCCUCUGGUCUGACGAAACAAAAAUAGAACUGUUUGGCCAUAAUGACCAUAGUUAUGUUUGGCCAUCACAAAGCCCUGACCUCAAUCCUAUAGAACAUUUGUGGGCAGAACUGAAAAAGCGUGUGCGAGCAAGGAGGCCUACAAACCUUACUCAGUUACACCAGCUCUGUCAGGAGGAAUGGGCCAAAAUUCACCCAACUUAUUGUGGGAAGCUUGUGGAAGGCUACCCGAAACGUUUGACCCAAGUUAAACAAUUUAAAGGCAAUGCUACCAAAUACUAAUUGAGUGUAUGUAAACUUCUGACCCACUGGGAAUGUGAUGAAAUAAAUAAAAGCUGAAAUAAAUCAUUCUCUCUACUAUUAUUCUGACAAUUCACAUUCUUAAAAUAAAGUGGUGAUCCUAACUGACCUAAGACAGGGAAUUUUUACUAGGAUUAAAUGUCAGGAAUUGUGAAAAACUGAGUCUAAAUGUAUUUGGCUAAGGUGUGUGUGAACUUCUGACUUCAACUGUAGAUGUGUGUUUAAUAUAAUGUACAAUCACAAUAAUAUGUUGUUGUUCAGGCUGGGAGGUGGCAGGGGAUCACAUCCGCAGUGGUGCUGGAGGCUCGGAUAACGAUUACCUCAUCCUGAACCUGCAUGUUCCUGGCUUCAAGUUAGUCUUGGCUUGACUGUAUAAUAUUGUUAGGGCUCACAGGUUUUCCUGGUCAGGUCAUGUGGUCAGAAUGAACACAUGGCUAUGAUUAUUGUGAAGCAUUGCAUAUAUAAUUUUUUAUUGGCCCUGUUUGGGUGUGGUGUGUGUGUGUGUUAAUUGUGUGUGUGUGUUCUGUCAGGUUACCAACAUCACUUGCUGGGAUGACCGGGACUGAGUUUGGCCGGAUCAUCUUCGUCUUCGAGACAAUCUGCUCUGCCGACUGUGAGCUCUACUUCAUGAUGGUGUGUGCGUGUGUGUCGGACUAUUCGCAUCUGCACGAGUGUGUGUCUAGGAUCUCAGGGAAAUGUUGCUGCCAAUAUCAACAGUGUAUUAGCCGGUAAACCAAUAUUACCCAACCCAACAUAGCCAGUAAGACAUAGCCAAUACAUGAGUGACCUACUUCCAUACUGCUAUUGGAUAAAUACAUAUCAAUAUCUAUGUUUGUUAGUAAAGCCAUAUGCAGCAGAACAGGUUUCCCCAACUGGCGGCCCGCGGCACCCCCAAGUUUUCUGAGCCCAAAUAAAUAAUACAAAAUAUAGUUGUUGGACGUAAAACACUGUAAAAACAUCAGCAAAUCAGCUACAAGUGAUUUUAAUUUUGGAAAUCUGUUCCCAAGUAUUCCGACGUAUAAUAGAGAGAUAUAUGUGAUCGUAUACAAAUGUAUGCAAGGUUUGAAAUGAAUAUGUUUUAGUCAAACAUUAUGCUUGGGCUUCUUGCGGUCAAUUUGCAUUAUGUAAAUGAUGUGUAAUUAUGUUCCGGCCCUCUGACCAUCCGCUCAAGAGAACAUCGGCCCGCGGCUGAAUCUAGUUGAUAAUCCCUGCAGUAGACCCAGUUAAAAUAACCCAUGUAUCCAAAUGAAACCAAAGUAUAUUUGAGCAAACACAGCCAAUCACAGUACACAAUAUACACAACUAAAUCACAGUAAAGCAGUGAGAUUUCAGAUAAACCCGUCACUGUGUAAAUUGUAAACUAGUGUGAUCCGCUCCCAUAUAAACCCUGUGUGUGUGUCGCACCCUGCAGGAUGUGAACAGGAAGAGCACUAUGGUGGUGGAGUCAUGGGAGGGCAGUAAGGAGAGACAGUCCUACACACACAUCAUGACCAAGAACGCAUCCGUAUCAUACACUUGGGCCUUCCAGAGGACCAACCAGGCUCAGGACGUGAGUACACACACACACACACACACACACACAGUGACACUGCAUACACACAUGCUACACACACACACUCACAUACUGCACACUAUAUAAUAUAUUUACGUGUGUGUAUCUAGGUGCGUCGGUACAUCAGCGACGUGGUGAAACUCUACUCAGUGAGCGUGACAAACGUCCAGGAUGGCGUGGCAUCUGCGUGCCGGGCCUGCGCCCUCCUAUCUCAGAGUUCUCAGCGGUCUGGGUCGUCGUCGUGUAUUCCAUGCCCAGCUGGGUUCUACAUUGACAGAGACACCAACCGGUGCCAGGAGUGCCCCCCCAACACAUACCUGUCUGGUCACCACACAUAUGGCGAGGAUGCGUGUCUGCCCUGUGGCCCCGGGAGUAAGAGCAGCAAGGUCAUAUAUUACAAACACAAACACACAACUCAUAUAAUCAUACAACCAUAGGUUACAACCUUACAAACUAACCUUACGUAACCAUUAUAAUCAUUAGAACCACUUUAUAACAUUAAAUCCUCAUAACCUAAUCUAAAAUCUCAGGGCCAUACUUAUAUGAUUUUUACUCUCAUCCAGAUCAACAGUUAACAGUCUCUGCUCUGGAUAAGAAUGUCUUUUUUAGCAUGGUACUAUCAUGUGUGUAUAAUGUGAGCCACUAUUUGUGCGAUGUGUGUUGACUUGAUGCUAUUGUGCCCCCUCCUAGGAGCACUCUCGUUGCUAUAGCGACUGCUCCUUCAGUCACACGGAGAACAACCGCACCCUGACCUUUGACCUGAGCUCUCUGAGCACCGUGGCCUCGCUCACCAACGGCCCCAGCUUCACCUCUAAAGGCACCAAGUAUCUCCACAUCUUCAACGUCAGCCUGUGUGGACACCAGGUAACUCACACACACACACAUCAGCUUGUGUGGACACGAGAUAACACACACAUACCUCAGGGUCGUCGGUGUGUGUUCUGUUUCAGGGGAAGAUGGCAGCUGUCUGCACAGAUAAUGUCACCGAUCUCGCCAAUAAGGACAUGGGGAGUGAUUCCACCCAGUUCGUCAACUCAGUGGACAGCUUCAUCUGUCAAUCAACCAUCAUUCCUGCGGAUGGGCGGGGCUUCAGGACAGCUCUGGCAUCCCAGUCUAUCAGUCUGGCUGAUACCUUCCUCGGUGAGAUGGCAAUAGAAUAGUGCCUUAAUUACUGUAAUAAUGAUUAUUGGACAGUGCCACAACCACAAGUAGUUAUAUAGGCAAAGCACAAAGUAUACUCUUGAUACAAAAACAGAUUUAUUUUCAACUAUUUCAUUUGAAAGUUGUUUUCUCUUUCUCUUUGCAUGUGUGUAUGUAAUCUCUCUCUCAGGAGCGACAAUGGACAGUGUUUUAGACGGAAUAAACACCAGACCAGAACUCUUCUCUGACAACUCAAAAGGCAUUCCUGACAUCAACUUCUUCUACAGGUAGGCCAGUGUAGAGCUAAAUGCCAUUGAACAGUAUUCAUAGUUUAAUGGUUCCAGUGAAGACCAGUCAGUGUGGUUGAAAGUGUGUGUGUGUGUGUUCGACCAUGCUCUCUCUUUCUCAGGUCUACUCAGGCGACUGGAUCCUGUGAGCGUGGUCGGAGUGCGGUCAUGACGAUACGCUGCAACCCAGAGAAGACCGACCGCGGGCAACUCACAGUUCCCAGGUACACACACCUGUCUGACUGUCUGCUCAACAUCACCUGUCUGACUGUCUGCUCAACAUCACCUGUCUGACUGUCUGCUCAACAUCACCUGUCUGACUGUCUGCUCAACAUCACCUGUCUGACUGUCUGCUCAACAUCACCUGUCUGACUGUCUGCUCAACAUCACCUGUCUGACUGUCUGCUCAACAUCACCUGUCUGACUGUCUGCUCAACAUCACCUGUCUGACUAUCUGCUCAACAUCACCUGUCUGACUAUCUGCUCAACAUCACCUGUCUGACUGUCUGCUCAACAUUUGAGCUGAAAACAUUUCUGUAUUAUUUGUGUGUGAAUUUUCAUUAGCUCCUUCUACAUUUCUCCUGUGUAUGUUUGUGUGUGUGUGUGUGUUUGUUUGUGUGUGUGUGCUUGCAGUGCAUGCCCUGCAGGUACGUGUGACGGCUGUACGUUUCACUUCCUGUGGGAGAGUGGGAGCGCCUGUCCCCGUUGCACCCAGGACGACUAUCACCAGAUAGAGGGAGCCUGUAAGGGAGGGGUCCAGGUAACCUACACACCCUCUGUUCCCUCUCUCUUCCUCUCCUUUAACACACUCAUGCUACUCUUACUUUCACCUCUUGGCAUUUCAAUUGAACCUACUUUCUCUUCUUCUCUACUCUCUCUCCAUCACUUCCUCCCUCCUUCCCUCUCACCUUCUUUCUCUCUUUCUCUCUGUAGGAGACUCUGUCUGUGUGGAAUGAGCCAAAGCUGUGCACCAAAGGCAUGUCCCUGCCAGCUAAGAGCUCCGCCCCCUGCGAGGCCAUCGCCCUAUGGCUAAAGGUGGGGGUAGGGGGCGGGGCCUUCUUAGCUGUGCUGCUCAUCUCUCUCACCUGCUAUUUCUGGAAGAAGAACAAGAGGUGAUUGACUGACACCUGUUAAUCAAAUAACCAUCCUAGCCAUAGGAUGUAGUACAACGCUCCUGACUCCUGCAUCUCUGUGUCCUGUGUGUUUCUGUGUCGCUAUGGCGCCCCUGUCAGGCUGGAGUAUAAGUACUCUCGGCUGGUGAUGUCAGCCAAUAAGGAGUGUGAGCUGCCGGCGGCAGAUAGCUGUGCCCUGGCCGAGGGGGAAGAGCCUGAGGAUGACGUGGUCUACUCCCACAAACCCUCACUGCUCGGCAAGCUCAGGGCCAUCGCCAACAAGGUACCUGUGUGUGUGUGUGUGUGUGUGUGUGUGUGUGUGUGUGUGUGUGUGUGUGUGUGUGUGUGUGUGUGUGUGUGUGUGUGUGUGUGUGUGUGUGUAUUAACCCUGUGUGUAUCUCUAUCCUUCAGCAGAGGGCGGAAGACAGCAGUGAGUCGGUACAGCUGAAGUCAUCCCAGUCUGAGAGAUGGGUCUGGGGGUAACGACAAGAAAGAAGAGAGAGAAAGGGAAAGAAAGAAGAGAGAGAGAGAAAGAAAGAAGAAGAGAGAGUUGGUAGGGUUGGCACUGAGUUCCACUCCUCUUCAUGUCUCCUGGGCUCUGCUUAUUCCUGAGGACUCCAUCGUGGCUCCAGCCGCUCCAGUAUCCUCUGUAAAGGCACCUGUUCCCAUGAUUCUGACUGAAACUGGAAAGUGGUUUGGCUCCCAACCCUAGACCCUACCACACACACAACCCUGCUUAUUGCCAUGGAUAUUGAAGGGCUGCAAAUUUAAGAAACAGUCACUGUUUUUGUAUAUUUUGUAUUGUCAUUUGGAGUUUAUCUGUACAGUCAUGUCCAAAGUAUUUAUAAUGAUUAAUGUUGUUAUGAUUUAUCUUUAUUAAAUUCUCACUUGGCUUUGGGGCCGUGUUUGUAUUUGUGUGCAGUUCUGUUAUGCUAGGCUACACAUUAUUAUUAUUAUUAUUAUUAUUAUUUAUACAACAGUAGUUAAUGGGGCCUGGAAUACUCCUGAGAAUACCCUGUCUUGCAGAUUUAGAGCAGUUUGCUCACAUCUCAAAUGUACCAUGAAAGAAAAAAGACAACAAACACACACAAAUAAAAUCAUUAUUUCACAGGAAGUCCCAUACUCUCGUUGCAGUUCAAUUGGUUAAGGUAAGUCCUCCCCGCAUCUGUCACGCCUCCAGGCCAGUUUCCGCUCUCCUGAGAGAAAACACUCCGCCUGCGAGUCAUCGACGACCGCAGGAAAGUUUAAAUAUAGCCUACAAAAAGAAUACAAACGGAUUUGUUCACUUUUGCGUUAUCGCUGAUUCUACGCUGGAAACCCGGAUAGAGGUCGGUCGCAGUAGUCAGGAGAUGGCUGAAAUGAGGAUGAGCUGAACUCGAGCUGGUACAGUUACGGUACGGAAUCAUCUCGUUGGUAUGGAUACUUCGGCCAUGCUGUUUAGGAUAAAUCUAAAAUCAUCCCAGCAGUCUGGGCAUCAAUCUAGUCUGCGUACUUUUCUGAAACUUUUAUGAGAAUAUAUGCUUGUAAAUUAUGUUAGAUUUACGCACGACCAAAGUUAUCUGUUAACAACGUCAACGAAUUAAAUCAGAAGUGUGGCCAAAACCAUUGGACCUGGCUGCUAAACAAUUGCAUUUUCUUUGAACAGAAUUUACAUCAUAACACUACCAGAAUCAUACACUAACAUAACACAAUGCUUCUUUCUCGUUCCUCACCAAUUGUCACUUCCUGUGGUGGCGAUGUAGAAAAAAAGAUUAAGGGGGAGUGCAAUCUGUGAUUUAUUAUUCUGUUUUUGGCCUAAAAGUGAUGGUAGAUUUCUCUCUCUCUCUAUGUGCGUGUGUGUGUGUGUCUCAGAGCCCACCACAUUGUUAUUGGCUCGGUAAAGAAUUUCCAGAAGAACAGAACUACUACUACAUAGAACAACAGUAGGCCUACAUGAAAGAGUUGUGUGUGUACUUUGUUUUACAGGUCCCUCCGCUGAAGGCUCGACGGCACCAUCUAAUUCCUUAUCUAAGUGGUAAAAUUAUUCCGAGAGAGAGAAAUUACAUUCAAUCAUUCUGAAUUAUGAGAGCAGUUUACCUGUUCAAAUAGUAUCAAUUGUCAUGCCUCAACACAACCACAAGAGGGCAACACUUUCCCAGGAAAUAAGUGACUGAAUUAAAAAAAUUGUUCAUUAUGUUCUUUCGUUUUUCAAAUGCAUUCUCUGUUAUUUCUCCAGGGCUAUCUGGAGGUUUUGGCUUUGUGCUCGUAUAUACGACAUUCCCAAACACUUUUAUAUCAUUGUGCAAACGCUGUCCUCUUGUGGUUCCGUUGAGGAAUUACAGCGGAGUAUAUUUUCACAAGUAAAUGUCAAACAAAUGGAUAGGAGCUCAUAAUCUUUGUGUCAAUUGUACACUCACCUGGGAAAAUGUAGGCCCUACUCUGUUGUAAUCCCUCAAGAGAUCAACCAUGUGUUUUUUUUACAGGGAUGAGCUAAAAAACAUGAAGUUUAAUAGAUGGGUUAGCUGACAAUGUCACGAAAACAAUGUGCACGCUUCUAUGGGGGGCAGAAGUCAGUGUGUUGUUGUGAUUCUGGAUGGCCAGAUUGCUAGCAAGAAUGACAAGUGCCAUGUGGGGAAUCGUAAGUGGCUAGUUUUAAUUGUGUUCUUGAUACCAUGUCUUGUUUUGACUGAUUUGAUGUCAAUGAUAAUAUGGCCCAAAUUCGCAAGCUAACCAACAACUUUACCGAUGUAUUUGAGCGACAACAAGUGCUCAUUGUGUACAUGUAUUUAUGUUUUAAAUAAACACUGAAGACGAAAUACAGUUGACAUGUUGUCAACAUUUUAAAGCCAACCCCGUGUGUUUUGCCCUACAGUUGUGCAAGCGUUGGUUUUGUUGUUAAACAACCAACCCUUCUAUACCUGCGAGUUUAGAUUUGUUUACUUUGCUAACGCUGCACUGGUGGUUUCUUGAGGAAUUACAACUGUGUUUCGCAAGUGAGGUGAGUGCAGUAUUACUAUUUACUAGUACCUGUGGAAAUACACUACGUUGUUACUCCUAAAAGGAAACAAGUUAGAGCAGUGUUUGAAGUAAUCAAGAUUUUCAGUCACAUUUGAAUUGUAGUCGAUUGCUGAUAAUUUGCAAGGCAGAAACGUGCAAGUUCUUCACAAAACUUGUCAUAAAUUACUUUGCCCUCUUGUGGUUGUUUGAGGUUUCUACAGUUUAACAUAUAUAAACACUGCCCUUUUAUUUGCAGAUCGUCACAGCUUCACCAUGGCUCGCGGCUGCCUCUGCUGUGUCAAAUACAUGCUGUUCCUCUUCAACCUGCUCUUCUGGGUGGGUGAACAAACUCACUAUAGACAUAAUCAUUUUCAAACAAAUGGAUCUUCUGAUUCUGCAUUCUAUUUUAUUAUUAAAUCAUACUAUACUAACGGUAUAAUAAUGAUAAGAGUAAUGACAAACAUUUACAGUGGGGGAAAAAAGUAUUUAGUCAGCCACCAAUUGUGCAAGUUCUCCCACUUAAAAAGAUGAGAGAGGCCUGUAAUUUUCAUCAUAGGUACACGUCAACUAUGACAGACAAAAUGAGAAAAAAAAUCCAGAAAAUCACAUUGUAGGAUUUUUUAUGAAUUUAUUUGCAAAUUAUGGUGGAAAAUAAGUAUUUGGUCAAUAACAAAAGUUUCUCAAUACUUUGUUAUAUACCCUUUGUUGGCAAUGACACAGGUCAAACGUUUUCUGUAAGUCUUCACAAGGUUUUCACACACUGUUGCUGGUAUUUUGGCCCAUUCCUCCAUGCAGAUCUCCUCUAGAGCAGUGAUGUUUUGGGGCUGUCGCUGGGCAACACAGACUUUCAACUCCCUCCAAAGAUUUUCUAUGGGGUUGAGAUCUGGAGACUGGCUAGGCCACUCCAGGACCUUGAAAUGCUUCUUACGAAGCCACUCCUUCGUUGCCCGGGCGGUGUGUUUGGGAUCAUUGUCAUGCUGAAAGACCCAGCCACGUUUCAUCUUCAAUGCCCUUGCUGAUGGAAGGAGGUUUUCACUCAAAAUCUCACGAUACAUGGCCCCAUUCAUUCUUUCCUUUACACGGAUCAGUCGUCCUGGUCCCUUUGCAGAAAAACAGCCCCAAAGCAUGAUGUUUACACCCCCAUGCUUCACAGUAGGUAUGGUGUUCUUUGGAUGCAACUCAGCAUUCUUUGUCCUCCAAACACGACAAGUUGAGUUUUUACUAAAAAGUUAUAUUUUGGUGUCAUCUGACCAUAUGACAUUCUCCCAAUCCUCUUCUGGAUCAUCCAAAUGCACUCUAGCAAACUUCAGACGGGCCUGGACAUGUACUGGCUUAAGCAGGGGGACACGUCUGGCACUGUAGGAUUUGAGUCCCUGGCGGCGUAGUGUGUUACUGAUGGUAGGCUUUGUUACUUUGGUCCCAGCUCUCUGCAGGUAAUUCACUAGGUCCCCCCGUGUUGUUCUGGGAUUUUUGCUCACCGUUCUUGUGAUCAUUUUGACCCCACGGGGUGAGAUCUUGCGUGGAGCCCCAGAUCGAGGGAGAUUAUCAGUGGUCUUGUAUGUCUUCCAUUUCCUAAUAAUUGCUCCCACAGUUGAUUUCUUCAAACCAAGCUGCUUACCUAUUGCAGAUUCAGUCUUCCCAGCCUGGUGCAGGUCUACAAUUUUGUUUCUGGUGUCCUUUGACAGCUCUUUGGUCUUGGCCAUAGUGGAGUUUGGAGUGUGACUGUUUGAUGUUGUGGACAGGUGUCUUUUAUACUGAUAACAAGUUCAAAUAGGUGCCAUUAAUACAGGUAACGAGUGGAGGACAGAGGAGCCUCUUAAAGAAGAAGUUACAGGUCUGUGAGAGCCAGAAAUCUUACUUGUUUGUAGGUGACCAAAUACUUAUUUUCCACCAUAAUUUGCAAAUAAAUUCAUAAAAAAAUCCUACAAUGUGAUUUUCUGGAUUUUUUUCCCUCAAUUUGUCUGUCAUAGUUGACGUGUACCUAUGAUGAAAUUACAGGCCUCUCUCACUUUUUAAGUGGGAGAACUUGCACAAUUGGUGGCUGACUAAAUACUUUUUUUCCCCACUGUAUAUUUUAUUCUGCCUCUUUCAGUUGGGGGGCUGUGGUUUGUUGGGUGUGGGGGUGUGGUUGCCUGUGUCUCAGGGCAGCUUUGCCACCCUAUCACCAUCCUUCCCCUCCAUCUCUGCCGCCAACCUCAUCAACCCUGGGUGCUGUCAUCAUGGUUACAGGCUUCCUGGGUUGCCUGGGUGCCAUCAAGGAGAACAAGUGUCUGUUGCUGAGUGUGAGUGAACUACACUACUCAUGAUGCACCACACUACAUUGCUUGCCACAUUGGCAACCUCACCUGCCUCUCUCAAUUGUUCCCUGUAGUUUUUCAUCACGUUGUUGGUUAUUCUGUUGGCGGAGCUGAUCCUUCUCAUCCUGUUCUUCGUAUACACAGACAAGGUAAGACUUCCCUAGAAGCCACCCAUCAAUUCAAACCCUGUUUAUCCUUCCUCCUAUGGUUCUUGUUCCCAUAGUGCUCUGUGUGCCUCUGCCUACAUUUCUCAUGAUCCACUGUGUGUGCAGGUGAGUGAGAACGCCAGACAGGACCUGAAAGAGGGACUUGCUCUGUACAGCACCGACAACAACGCUGGCCUCCGCAACGCCUGGAACACCAUACAGACAGAGGUAUGGUACCUAACUACUAAUGAGCUACCAUACAACCCCACACUAAUAACAUAGCAUUCCAUCAAGGGAGAGGUGCAAUAUAUAACCCUGUCUCCUCUUUCUCCCUGUCAGUGGCAUUGUUGUGGGGUGAAUGGGUACAUAGACUGGCACACUGCCCUGCAGGAGAAGGUGGUUCCUGACCGAUGCUGCCAGGAUAUCUACCAGGACUGUGGGCGCAAUGCCACCAACCAGUUCUGGACACAGGUCAGUUUGUGUUAGUUUAAAAAUGUGUGUCUGAUCUCUCCCUUCCAUCAGGCAGUGUGUGUAUCCAUGUGUGUCUGCAUGUGUAGGAGUGUCCUUUUUCACCUCUCAAGAUUGUUUCUCUCUUGUCAGGGUUGCUAUGAGAAGGUGGAGGAGUGGCUGGAUGACAAUAAACACCUGCUGGGAACCAUCGCCAUGUGUGUUCUGGUCAUACAGGUAAGGGGUGUGUGUACAUACAGGAAGACAUCCAGAUGUAUAUGUAAUGAUGUUGUUGCAGUGUGACUGAUGUGACCUUCUGUCUGCAGCUCCUGGGUAUGGCCUUCUCCAUGACUUUGUACCAGCAGAUCCACCGAUCCGGGAAGAAGUACGAAGCUUAAAACACACACACACACACAGGGUUUGAGACCUAUUACUUUUAUACAAAAUUAUACUCUAAAAGGAGACACGCAUGUCACAAAACAGCUUUUUAUUUAGUGUUUAUAUUUACACACCCUUGUAUCAUUUUGUGCACAAAGGCAAUUAUGUUUUUUUAAUGAUCAUCUUUACUAUUAAUAAUCAGUGUUCUUGGCCGGGAUUCAAUCUGACCGCGGGUUGUCGACAACGUGUGAGAUCUCAUGCACAGUAAUUGGGUCAUACCAUAAAUAAAGUGCAAAAAAUAAAUAAAAAAUCAGCAUUUUGACAUUGUCCUUAGUUAUGUUUUUCUGACUUCUAGGAAGAUUUUAACCAACUUCACCCCCAAAUUCCUCCAUGUUUUCACCAUCAUUGAAAUUAUACUCAAAAGUUGAACUAAUUAUGUUAUUGCUUUGACGUCAUUUCUGAAGAUUAUUUAUUUCAUGCGAUUAAUUUGUCUGUCCCUCAUUUUAAGGCCAACCCUGUUACGUGAACAUAACUUUUUUUUUAUAUGGUGAAACUAUUCCUUUAAAAAUAUUUUUCAAAACAAACAGUCAAAUCAUAGUGUAAAAGCAGGU